GCUCGUCAUGUGGUCGGGAGGCAUCCUGACUUGCAGGGAGAUUGUUUUCCUAGAUAUGUCAGCUUCCACAGGACAUCUCUCUCCUCGAAAGAGCUUAACCCCCCAAAAUGUCCUUCCCCGGUAGCUCUCCUGCGGCCAACACCUUCUUGGUGGACUCUUUGCUUGGUGCGUGCAGGACGGACAGCUUUUACUCCGGCAGCAGCAACAUGUACAUGCCGUCCGGCACAGACAUGGGAACUUACGGAAUGCAAACCUGUGGACUCCUGCCUUCUUUCGGCAAGAGAGGGGAGGUCAACCACCAAAACAUGGGCAUGAACGUGCACUCCUACAUACCUCAACUAGAAAACUGGACUGAUCCGAGCAGACCCUGCAGGAUAGAGCCGUCCAGUCAGAUGACAAACUGUUCCUUCUCCCAAAGCAUAAAGGAGGAGAGUAACUGCUGCAUGUACUCCGAUAAGAGAGUCCAAAAAGUCAGCCUGACAGAAGUCCCCGCUUAUCCCAAUGUCGCCCCCGAGUCCUGUUCCGUCGACGGACCCGAGAUCCCGGUGCCGGGCUAUUUCAGACUGAGCCAAACUUACGCGAAUGGGAAGCACCAGGACCACUACUGCCAUGAGCCGCCGAGUCCAAACCCAACACUGAUGCAGCUGAGCCGGCUCACCCCAAAACCGCAGUCCACUUCCUCCACGUCGUCCUCAUCGUCCCAUUUUGCAGAGGUGGAGAAGAAAAGUGAGGACUUGCGACACGACCCCGAGACCUCCAGGACCCCGGUGACCGCAGAGAGUCCGGAUCCAAAGUCCGGCUCGGAGGAGAAGAGCUGCUCCGUGGAAAUGGAGGCGCCGGUGUCCAGCCCUGAGCUGCUGCAGCAGAAGGAAAGGAAAGAGUGCAAGAGCGACACGCCGACCAGCAACUGGUUAACAGCGAAGAGUGGGAGAAAGAAGAGAUGCCCCUACACAAAGCACCAGACCUUGGAGUUGGAGAAGGAGUUUCUGUUCAAUAUGUAUCUGACCCGAGAGCGCCGCCUAGAGAUCAGCCGGGGCGUCAACCUGACCGACAGGCAGGUCAAGAUCUGGUUUCAGAACCGCAGGAUGAAGCUAAAGAAGAUGAACAGGGAAAACCGCAUCCGGGAACUCACCUCGAAUCUCACCUUUUCGUGAGCUCGCAUGCUGUCAGUUGUUCUAGCUGUUUUUUUAUUUUCUAUGUCUCUUCGUGUUCAGUUUGAUGCUUUUUGGUGGCAUUGGACGUUCAUUCUCAAUUUCAGCGAAACUGUGACUAUAUAUAUUUCAGUAUUUUGUGUGGCAUCCAAUAUUCUGUUUGUUUCAUUUAUUAUUUUUUGUAUUGUAUCACAUCAGGGUAAUACUUUUUGUUGUUAAAUUAUUGGAGACAUCUUCCUCUCCCCCUCUGCCCGUAUAUGGAUAUACAUCUAUUGUGUCGGGGUGGUGGAGGUGGUGGUGAGCUGUGUGGGAAAAGACGUUGCUUCUAUUUCAGUCAUGAAAGCACAUUUAUUGUCGUGUAGUGCAACAUUUGUUUUACAGUGUGUGCAAGCCAUUUGCUCUGUAGUGAAAUGUUUCUAUGGGCUUUUUAAAAGUGGUGGAAAACAGUGUUAAUCUGUGAAUUUACUGCAUG